AAUGGCGGCCGAAGAGGCAGUUGAUAGCCAAUUUGUGUAUAAAUGUACGUUUUUAUUCCCUUUUUCCAACUUUUAUUACAUUUCUAGCGAGAAAGUAGUAUUGUAGUUAUUAAAUAUAUACUUGGUUAUCACCAACACUCUAUUGAGUUUGUUCUAGGUUAUUAGACCAUUGUGGUUCGGUUGGCUGAAUGAAGCAGACGCGUUACCUUUAGUGGACACCAGAUGGCGUUAAACAGUUGCUGGUAUCCUAGCAAUGACGUGACCUUACGCUGUCUGUUGAGUCAUUAGGGCAGCGAGGCAACAAGACAGCUACUACCUUUGGUUUAGAACGCAGCCAAAGACGGAAAAGCGGAGCGCUUUCCACCAAUCAGGACUGUUUUUGUUCGUUACCAUGACAGCAGAGUAACCAACUGCUCUCUAAGGAAGUUUGUCAGUAAGCAAUAAUUGAUCGAAAACUGUUAUCUCAAAACCACAAGUAAAAUAAGCAUUCUUGUAAGUCAAAGCGUUAUAAACGUUCGAAUUGGAGCAAAUACCUUUUUGUUAGGAGACACAGAGGAAGCCACAGUGGUUGUAAUGGCUGGAAAAGUUAUUUGUGAAGCAACAAAACUGUACAACAUCCUAAAUCAAUACACUCGUAUAUCGAGGCUUGCAGAGAGCAACUAUCUUUGUCUGAUUGAUGCCCGUCCAGCAGAAGCAUAUUACUUCAGCCACAUCAUUACUGCCAGAAAUGCAAAAUGGGAUUCUGAAGGAAAAUUUGUUAUACCCAUGGAUGUUGAGGUUGAAAGUAUGAGAUACAUCAUUGUAUAUGAUAGCAGCACUGAUUCUUUGUUGGAUUCAGGUCCAGCCACAGACUGUGCAGACAGCCUAGCAAAAGCGAGCCGCUUUCCCGUUCAGAUUCUAAAUGGUGGCUAUGAGAAGUUUUCUGCACUCUAUACUUUCCUAAGAACACAAAAAAUUAUUUAUACAAUUAGGGAAUUGGAGAACUUGGUGCCCUAUCCUGUGGAAAUCUUACCAGGCCAGCUUUACAUGGGAGAUUAUAGGCAGGCAACGAAUCUUCAAAUCCUCAAAGAUCUAAAAUUGAACGCACUUGUCAAUCUUUCUGAUGAAUGCAGUCUAAUGUUUAAAAAAGCAAAAUGCACUGUCCUACACAUCCGAAUCGCAGAUUCUGAAGUGGCAGAUUUGUUAACAUCAUUUGAGAGAGUGUGUGCUUUCAUUGAUUCACAUCUCAAUAGUGCUUCUUGUGUUAUGAUAUUCUCUACUCUUGGGAUAAGCCGAAGCUGUGCUGUAGCAAUGGCAUAUCUUAUACAUCACCGAAAAUACAUGCUGAAGGAGGCAUGGAAUCAUAUUCAGCAAUGCAAAGCCAACAUGAGGCCAAAUCGAGGAUUUGUGCAGCAACUCUCUGACUGGGAACUUCAGAUUCUUGGGCAGAGAGUUACAGAUAUUGCAGAGCCCAACUACUAACAACAAUCAAACUUAACAGAAACAAUGCAGUUCUUUUACACUGUACAUUUAAUUACAGUGAAUCAGUGAUGAUUCCAUAUCAUGCAUUUUUAUUUAUACAUUAAUUAAUACAGUAAAGGUAGUAAAUCAAUAAUAAAUAAUUUACUGAGUAAACAGUAAACCUACUAUACAGACAGUGGAAGAAAGUGCAAACAAGUGUUAAGCUGUCAAAUAAUAGCAAUAGGAACACUGUACACUGUACAAAAAUAUUAGUCUGAGCGAAUCUAUGGCACUAAAAAUAGUGACCCUAAUGUGCAUUUCAUAAGACAUCUACAUAAAGAGAAAAAAAGUUUCUUUAUGGAUUUUUUUUUAUUAAUGAACAUUUUGUAAAAAUCUUUUUACUAAAUGUGAAAAGUUUGCUUAAAACAUUGUGAACUGAAUCAUGAAUAAUUGAGUUAGGUCUCAGGAUCAACAAAGUUUUAUAGGUAUGACUCUUAAGGUUUAACAUGGUAAAACAAAAUUGGUUUAGACUAUACAAA